CUUUCCUCCCAGACGAGCACGCUUGUCUUCCUGGAGCCGCCAUGGGGCUCAUGCAGAUUCCUCCUGUGCCUUCCUUUGUCCGUCAACUAAGAAUAAAGGUGACCUCACAGGAUAGCUCUCGCAAAGGUGGGGGCCGCACAAGCUGGACUGCUACUGUCACACUUCCAUCCAGUUUACCAGGCAAGGGGGGGAGUAGAAAGGAGCGACCAAUGCUCACACUCCAGAAUCCCUCCAGCUGUCCUCUAGGAAGCUUUGCAGCCAGUGGAGCUUAAGAGGAGCCUUUUUUUUUCCACGUGCUUGCGUCCAGACGUUGUACCAAUAUGUUCUACAGGGUCCUUUCAUCAUCAAGACCGGUGCUCUCGCUUGCGCGCCGGCAUCGCUAAAAAAAAAAAACAAACCUCUUCCAGAGGACUUCUGGGUCAGGACGCAGCUGGUCUGUCGGGUCUGAGGAGACUUCGAAGGUGGACACUCAUCAGUCAGCAAUUUUGGUCCGAGACCCUUUAGUGACAACUGACUGCGUGUAGUCAUCCUUUGGCAGGAUUGCUUUUCUUAAGCCCUCACACACCAGAACCAGACAGGACGGCAUGGCUGUGACAUCAAUUUGCGUUCUCCCCGCCCCGCAAGAAUGACACUCAUGCUCCUUUAUUCGUGCCCGUGACCUCCAUAUGAGAUUCCGCAACCCCGCGCCGAGCUGGCCCGGGCUUUCGGCUUCACGUCGUGAUCAAAAGGAGGAGCGACCUCAGUUUCGGAGCGGCUCCAGCGGCUGCGGCGUUUGUUUGUUCCCACAGCCAUGCAGGUGUCUUUCGCGUGCACGGACCAUGGGCUGAAGGCCCCGCGCAACGGCGAGCACAGUAAACAAAACACCACCAGCCCCAACACCACCAGCCAGGCUCGGGCCCGCUUUCGCACCGUGGCCCUGAUAGCUCGCAGCCUGGGUUCCUUCGCCCAUCGCUACCAGCACAACCUCAAGGAGUCCACCGCCAAGCUCACCGGCAUGAAAUACCGGAAUCUUGGGAAAUCCGGGUUGCGUGUCUCCUGUCUGGGCCUCGGCACGUGGGUGACAUUCGGCGGUCAGAUCUCGGAUGAGGUGGCCGAGCAGCUGAUGACUAUUGCGUACGAGAGCGGGGUCAACCUGUUUGACACGGCAGAAGUGUACUCGGGCGGGAAAGCGGAGAUAAUCCUGGGAAACAUCAUCAGGAAAAAGUGCUGGAGGCGUUCCAGUCUGGUGAUCACCACAAAACUCUACUGGGGAGGAAAGGCCGAGACGGAGAGGGGCCUCAACAGAAAACACAUAAUUGAAGGUUUAAAAGGCUCUCUCCAGAGAAUGCAGCUGGAGUACGUGGAUGUGGUUUUUGCCAACCGACCGGACAGCAACACCCCCAUGGAGGAGAUUGUGAGAGCCAUGACGCAUGUGAUCAACCAAGGCAUGUCCAUGUACUGGGGUACAUCACGGUGGUCUGCCAUGGAGAUCAUGGAGGCCUACUCAGUGGCCAGGCAGUUCAAUCUCAUUCCACCGGUUUGCGAGCAGGCCGAGUAUCAUUUUUUCCAGAGGGACAAAGUGGAAGCGCAGCUGCCGGAGCUCUACCAUAAAAUCGGUGUCGGUGUGGUCUCUUGGUCUCCUUUGGCCUGUGGCAUCAUCACUGGCAAAUAUGACAAUGGUGUGCCAGAGUCCUCCAGGGCCGCCAUGAAGCCAUAUCAGUGGUUAAGAGAGAAAAUAAUGAGUGAGGAUGGAAGAAAACAGCAAGCCAAAUUGAAGGAGUUGGCUCAUAUAGCGGAGAAGCUGGGUUGUACGUUACCCCAACUUGCUAUAGCAUGGUGCCUGAGGAACGAGGGUGUAAGUUCAGUUCUGUUGGGAUCUUCGAAUGCAAGCCAGUUGACAGAGAAUCUCGGAGCCAUUCAGGUGAUUCCAAAGAUGACAGCAGGCAUCGCCUCAGAAGUGGAUCACAUCCUGGGGAAUCGUCCACACAGCAAAAAAGACUACCACCAUUAGGAUGAGCCAACAGUCUCAGAAAACUGUCGCUGAAAAGUGUAUCAAAGAUCACACAUACAGUACAGCCAUGGUAGAACAACUAGUGCCCCAACUAGUGCUCGUGUGGCCCUGUGUGUGAGUGUGUAUAAUGUACUGCUUGGCUCCUCGGCCUCUUGUCAUUAUCAUAAAACUGCGAUUCUUGGCGAAGAAUGCAUGCUUAAAACCAUGGCAGCGAGUCAAUACGACAGGGAGAAAAUCCUACGAGAUCAUUUCUGGAGCAGGAUCAUCCGUCUUUUCCCAAUGUUAUGUGCACAAUGUUCUACGUCAAGAAUCGAGAAUAGUGCAAAUUAAUUCGUUAUGAGGUGAGGAAAAUCAAGCGACAUCAUUGCCAUGCAGUGAGUCACUUAAAGUGGAUCUAUUUUUUUAAGAUGGAAAAGUAGAAUUUGGCCUCACUCGAUGUUUGUGAGGUGUUGGCAACAUCAUGUAACCGGUGUAAUUGGGCCUGCUCUCAGCAGACUCGAUACUAUACGUUGCAUUUAUUUUUGUUGCUCCACCUGAAGCAACGUGAGAAAUUGUUGCCAUAUAGGAUGAACUGAGAAGAGCUCAGCUAAUAUAUUUUCCAAAACACCCGUGCUGUACUGACUGUAAUGUGUUUUACUUGGAGAGCAGUUUUAGUCAUCCUCCAGAAAUGGUCUUCUCUCCUAUUGUUUGCCUUCACUUCUUAUUAGUUCAACUCUUGUGGUUAAACAUUUUCAUGGUUGGCGAGAUGAAGGAGAGCAUAUUAAAGCCAUAUAGGCCUAGCUAAUGAAAACACAUAUUGUUACGCUGUGCUCUGAUGAGUUUAUUCCAAAAACCAUUCACUAAAUGGGUCUUUGUUUUGCUCAUUCUGUUCAUUUGUGUUUUUGGCGUGGUUCAUCAGAAUUGUAAAUAGGAAUAAAGAGAUUAUAACUA